AUGUCAGUUGAUCGUAAUUGGAUGUACCACCGACUUAGUGAAAAUGGUUAUAUAAGAGCUGAGUUCUGUGAUGGAGUUAAAGGGUUCCUUGAGUUUGCAUUUACUCAGUUAGAGUAUUGUAGUGGUGAUAAGAUUAGAUGCCCUUGUAUGAGAUGUGACAACCAGAAAUUUCUUAACCGUGAUACGGUCAAUGUUCAUCUGUUGAGAAAGGGGUUUACACCGGGGUAUUCAACAUGGUUUGCACAUGGGGAGUUACUUGGUGCAGUUGCUCCUGUAAGUACAAGUGCAGUAGAAGCAUCCACAUCAAUGGAUGUUGGUUGUGAACAUGGUCAGCAAUAUAGAACCAUGGUGAUGGAAGCUAUGGGUCCAGAAGAGGAACUCCAUUUGAGUAGUGCACUUGAAGUUAAUCAUGAGGAAGAGCCAAAUAAGGAUGCUGCAGAUUUUUAUUCUUUGUUGAAAGAUGCAGAAGUACCUUUAUGGGAAGGGUGUAAAAAAUACUCUAAGUUAUCUGCUAUUACUCAAUUAUUAAAUUGCAAGUCUGAAUUUAAUAUGAGUAUAUCUUGCUAUGAUCGAAUCAUGAAAAUAGUGAAGAAUAUGUUGCUGGAAAGUGAGAAGCUGCCCCUUGAUUUCUAUCAAUCAAAGAAGAUGCUUUGGAAGUUGGGGUUGGAGUAUACAAGUAUUGAUGUUUGUGAGAAUAAUUGUAUGCUAUUCUAUAAGGAAACAGAGAAUUUGAUUGAGUGUACUAUUUGUGGUCAUCCUCGAUAUAAAAUCAGAAGAAAUGAUGGUGGUGGUAGGAGAAAAGAUGUUCCUUAUAGAAGGUUGCGAUAUCUUCCAAUAACACCAAGACUUCAGAGGCUUUUUAUGUCAAGCAGAACGGCUGAAAACAUGUCAUGGCAUGUAAAGGGAGGUGAUUCAGAUGAGAUGGUGCAUCCUGCUUGUGGGGAGGCUUGGAAGCACUUUGACCGCAUUCAUCCAUCCUUUUCUACCGAGCCUCGAUGGAGUACACAUGGAAAGUUGGCAUGCCCGUAUUGUAUGGAGAACUCAAAAACUUUUACACUACAACAUGGUGGGAAGACUUCUUUUUUUGACUGCCAUCGUCAAUUCUUGCCCAUGGACCAUGCAUACAGAUACCAAGUUGAUGGUUUCUUCAAUGGUAGAAUAGAGACAGACCCCCCACCUCCUCGAGUGUCUGGUGAGGAGUUGAAAAAUAGGGUCUCUGCCUUGCCUAAUGUAACUUUUGGUUCGAAAGCUCCUAAGCACACCAUUCCUGGAUUCGGGAAGACUAAAGAUAAUGUGAAAGCAAGGCAAGAUUUAGAGCUGUAUUGCAAGCGUCCCAAGUUGAGGAUUCAAUUUGUUAAUGGAAAGCUAGUUAAGCCUCCAGCUUCCUAUGUAUUGUCCAAAGACCAAGCAAUGGAGGUCUGCGAGUGGGUGAAAGGGUUAAGACUCCCUGAUGGAUAUGCUUCAAACAUAUCGAAGUGUGUUAACCUGGAUGAUUAUAAGUUUUACGGGUUAAAAAGUCACGAUUGUCAUGUUUUCAUGCUGAGAUUGCUUCCAAUUGCAUUCCGUGAAGUAUUGCCAGCACCAGUGUGGGAUGCAUUGACAGAAUUAAGCUGUUACUUUAGAGAUUUAUGCAACACAACUUUGCGUGUCCAAGAUAUGGAGGUUCUUGAGAAAAAUAUUGUGGUAACUCUCUGCAAACUUGAGAAGAUAUUUCCUCCUGCAUUUUUUGACUCAAUGGAGCACUUACCUGUUCAUUUAGCUUAUGAAGCUAAAGUUGGGGGGCCCGUGCAGUACAGAUGGAUGUACCCCUUUGAAAGGUAA